AUGGAUGCAGCAGAGUUCCUGAAUGGCAAAGCACAGAACACAGCCUCUCCUACUUGCACCCCACUGAAGCCAAGAAAUUACCAACUAGAGCUCGCUUUGCCUGCUAAGGAAGGAAAAAACACAAUAAUAUGUGCUCCUACUGGUUGUGGAAAAACGUUUAUUUCCCUUCUUAUAUGUGAACAUCAUCUUAAAAAAUUUCCACAAGGACAAAAGGGGAAGGUUGUCUUUUUUGCUAUUCAACUCCCAGUGUAUGAACAGCAGAAAUCCGUGUUCUCCAAAUAUUUUGAAAAACUUGGGUACAAAGUUGCAGGUGUUUCUGGAGCAACAUCUGAGAAUAUCUUAAUGGAACAGAUUGUUGAGAACAAUGACAUCAUCAUUUUAACUCCACAGAUUCUUGUGAAUAACCUUAGAAAUGGGACUAUUCCAUCACUCUCUGUCUUUACUUUGAUGAUAUUUGAUGAAUGUCACAACACUGGUAAACACCAUCCUUACAAUAUGAUCAUGUUUAAUUAUCUAGAUCAGAAACUUGGAGAUUCUUCAGACCCACUGCCUCAGGUCAUUGGGCUGACUGCCUCGGUUGGCAUUGGGGAUGCCAAAAACACAAUGGAAGCCAUGGAAUAUAUCUGCAAACUGUGUGCUUCUCUUGACACAUCAGUGAUAGCAACAGUCAAAGACAACUUGGAGGAAUUGGAAGAAAUUGUCUAUAAGCCCCAGAAGUUUUUCAGGAAAGUGGAAUCACGGACUACUGACAGAUUUAAAUGCAUCAUAUCACAGCUGAUGAGGGAGACAGAGAGUCUGGCAAAGAAUAUCUUUGACGAACUCGGUACCGUAACUCUCGAAAGUGUAUCUCAAAUUCAAAAUAGGAAUUUUGGAACACAGAAAUAUGAACAAUGGAUCGUUUCUGUUCAGAAGGCAUGCAUGGUGUUUCAGUUGCCCGACAAAGAUGAAGAGAGCAGGAUUUGUAAAGCCCUGUACUUGUACACUUCCCACUUGCGGAAAUAUAAUGAUGCCCUCAUUAUCAAUGAGCAUGCACGGAUGAAAGAUGCUCUGGAUUACUUGAAAGACUUCUUCACUGAUGUCCGAGCUGCAGGAUUUGAUGAGAUUGAGCAGCAUCUCACUCAGAGAUUCGAAGAAAAGCUGAAGGAACUGGAAAGUGUUUCCAUGGAUCCCAGCAAUGAGAACCCUAAACUCCAAGAUCUCUCCUUCAUCUUGCAAGAGGAGUAUCACUUAAAUCCAGAGAGUAGAACCAUCCUCUUUGUGAAAACCAGAGCACUUGUGGAUGCUUUGAAGAAAUGGAUUGAAGAAAAUUCUGAACUCAGCUUUCUAAAACCUGGCAUAUUGACUGGACGUGGCAAAACAAAUCACAACACAGGAAUGACGCUCCCAGCACAGAAGUGUGCAUUGGAUGCAUUCAGAACCGAUGGAGAUAAAAAGAUUCUGAUUGCUACCUCAGUUGCUGAUGAAGGCAUUGACAUUGCUCAGUGUAAUUUGGUCAUCCUGUAUGAGUAUGUGGGCAAUGUCAUCAGAAUGAUCCAAACCAGAGGCAGAGGAAGAGCAAGAGGUAGCAAGUGCUUCCUUCUGACCAGCAAUGCUGAUGUAAUUGAAAAAGAAAAAAUAAAUAUAUACAAAGAAAACAUGAUGAAUGACUCCAUUUUAAGGCUUCAGACGUGGGAUAAAGCAGUAUUUAAAGAAAAGGUUCUCCAGAUACAGAUUCAAGAAAAAUUAAUCAGGGAUAGUCAAGGAAAAGUAGAACCUGUACCUGAUAAGGAAAAUAAAAAGCUGCUCUGCCGGAAGUGCAAGGGCUUUGCAUGUUAUACAGCUGACAUCAGAGUGGUGGAGGACUGCCAUUACGCUGUGGUUGGAGAUGCUUUCAAGAAGUGCUAUGUGAGUAAAUUACACCCCAAACCAAAGACCUUUGGGCAUUUUGAGAAGAGAGCAAAGAUCUUCUGUGCCAGACAGAACUGUAGCCAUGACUGGGGAAUCCAUGUGAAGUAUAAGACAUUUGAGAUCCCAGUUAUAAAAAUAGAAAGCUUUGUGGUGGAGGAUAUUACAACUGGAGAUCAGAAACUAUAUGCCAAGUGGAAGGAUUUUCCUUUUGAGAAGAGAUCCUUUGAUGCUACAGAAAUGUCCGAAUGACCUCAGGACCUCAGUCUUUAGCUACAGGGAAUGGAUGACCUUGACUGAAGAAAUUAGCCCCAGGGGGUACAGUCAUGGAUUGUGUGUACCACUGUGAAGCUACUUUACCCAAGCUUGUAUCAAACGGAGUAUGUCACUUAACUUCACCCUGUUUAUUGUUUUCAGCAGUUUGAACUGUAUCACAUAUGUAAAGCACAAGUGAAUCACAGCACUAAUACUCUGUAGGCCAAUGGAGCUCUAAGUACUUGGGAAAAAUUAAAAAGCCUUAACUUCUUUUCCUA